AUGAUGACUAAUGCAAUUAUCCCUCUCGUCUAUGGAUUAUUAAUUGGUAAAAGUGCUCAAGAUUACAAUUCAUUCUUCGAAAAAGUAUUAGUACAAGAUAAUUUUCAACCUGAAUCAAUUAUGACUGAUUUCGAAACUGGUACAAUCAAAUCCGUUAGAGAAAUGUUGCCAAACGUUUUACAUAAAGGAUGUUUAUUUCAUUUUUCGCAAGCGAUAUGGCGACAAGUUCAACAAAAAGGAUUGGUAACAAAAUAUAGAGAAGAUGAGUCCUUUCGUUUGAAUGUAAAAAAAUUAAUUGCUCUUGCUUUCGUUCCAGUAGAUGAAAUUACAACUGGCUUUGACUUAAUUACCAAUCAAUUCGAUGAUGACGCCGAUGAUUUACUUGAUUAUUUUGAAAAAACAUGGAUUGGUGAACCAAAAAGAAGAGGAACUGGUCGAAAGAAGCCUCAAUUUGAUCACAAGUUAUGGAAUGUUCAUGAUCGUGUCCUCGCUGCUGUACCUCGUUCGAACAAUUCGAAAUAA